AUGCCUGCAGGGGCCUCUGUGAAUCAUCAGUGUAGCCAUUUACCUGACAAUAAUGUAGAACUCUCUAACUCGACCGAUUUGGGCCAAGUUGGUACCUUGAAAAUGGAGAUAUUGAAUAGCAAUCAAGAUAUCGUGGAUUCCGAGGACUACAUUACUGGUGCCUCUCGAGGAGGCUAUGCAAGCAGCAUCAUUAGUAGCGAUGGAAGCAGUGAGAGUGAUGAUGAAUACAAUGUUGGCGUACAAGAUGUGGCACAGCACUCGGCCGCGGAGCUACAGAAUGAAAUUGGGCAGCAACUUAUAGAAGGACUUAAUCCGUACGUGGAGCAGCAGCGUGAAAUUGAAGAUUUUUACAUUGAAGAUUCAUCGUCUGAUGAAGAAAGAGUCAAUGACAUGUCGAGUAGAACGACAAAUGAUACGGAAAAGGAACUAAUCGAGUGGGACAAUCCAUCCUAUUUGGUUACAGAUCUCGACACAGGUGAGAGCUAUAGGGUCGAAGAAAUUGACCAGCAGUUUACAUUGGUGACGCUUGAUUCAGUGGUCGCACAGCAUGAACACAAAAACAUAGAGCAGCAGGGAAAAGAAGCGACAGUAGAGUCCUCGUCGUCUUACUUAUUGUCGUUGUAUACGGCAGAUGAAACGGCUGAUAUUGAGAUUGAAGAUGCCUUACCAGAAGUUCCAAUACCAACAGUGAAUUCCAUGCGAGCUCGUAGUUCGAAUAUGGCAGCAAUUUAUGCACCAAGUGAUGAACUGCCAUUGAGUUCACCUGCAAAAUGUAACUUUUCUGGCUGUUUUGAAUUACAUCAGCGUGUGUCCGGGUACUGUGCAGACCAUGAGAUGAUUGCCAAAGAGGAAGAGGACUCACGUGCACAGGCGUUGUAUUUGAUUCCUCAUGGUGCUCGAGCAGACUUUGUCAAGAUUGGUAGCCAUGGAUUUGCAUACGAUAUGUCAAAUCGACUCUAUACUGUAUACGCGAUAGAAAUGCGCUGUAUUCAAUCGGGUGCAACGUGGAUAAUCUAUCGACGGUACCAGCAAUUUAAGGAGCUGAAUGAUCGCUUACGUCCGAUGGGUGUACGUGUGCCAUUAUUGCCUCCUAAGAAACUGCUUGGUUCAUUCGAGCCAGAAUUUAUCGCUAAGCGGCAAAGUGAGCUGGCUGAUUGGCUUAAGUGCCUACUGAGCUAUGACCGCGUAGACCAAUCAGCUAAAAAUCCCCAUUUGGUAGAGGAUACUGCCAUUGAAGCGCUCACGAUUCUUUGGAGCUUCUAUCGCUGGUGA